GUGCUGCUGCUCCCGUCGCCGCCGCUGCCGCCACCCGUGGUGCCCCGGCUCCUCUGCCGCGCUUCGAGGUGGCAGCCGCGGGCGGGGCCGUAGAAGCAGGGUCCAGGGCGCAGCGCACCUUCGCCGCCCCGGCGCGUCCCGGUGCAGCCGCCGCCCGCCGCAGGUGAUGCCGCCACCUCCCGCCUCAGCAUAAGCCCUGGCUCGGCGGCCGAGCUGCCCCAGCUGUCCCCCAAGGAAUGUUUACCCUUGCGGAAGUUGCUUCACUUAAUGACAUUCAGCCAACUUAUCGAAUCCUGAAACCAUGGUGGGACGUGUUUAUGGAUUACCUGGCUGUUGUUAUGUUGAUGGUAGCCAUCUUUGCAGGAACCAUGCAACUUACCAAAGAUCAGGUGGUCUGCUUGCCAGUAUUGCCAUCUCCUGUAAAUUCAAAGGCACACACACCACCAGGAAGUGCCGAUGUCACCACCGACAUCCCGAAGAUGGAAGCAGCUGCUAACCAAGACCAAGAUGGGCGGACAACAAAUGACAUUUCCUUUGGCGCAUCUGCUGUGACACCUGACAUACCUCUCAGAGCCACAUAUCCUCGCACAGAUUCCAUGGUCAUAAAUCAGGAAGCAAAGACAGAAAAGAAAGAUCCAACAGGCCGAAAAACAAACUUGGAUUUUCAGCAAUAUGUAUUUAUUAAUCAGAUGUGUUACCAUCUGGCCCUUCCAUGGUAUUCUAAGUACUUUCCAUACCUUGCUCUUAUACAUACUAUUAUUCUCAUGGUCAGUAGCAACUUUUGGUUCAAAUAUCCCAAAACAUGCUCAAAAGUAGAACAUUUUGUUUCAAUAUUAGGAAAGUGCUUUGAAUCUCCUUGGACUACGAAAGCAUUAUCUGAGACAGCAUGUGAGGACUCGGAGGAAAACAAGCAGAGAAUAACUGGUGCCCAGACUCUACCAAAGCAUGUGUCUACCAGCAGUGAGGAAGGCAGUCCUAGUGCCAGUACCCCAAUGAUCAACAAAACUGGCUUCAAAUUUUCAGCUGAAAAGCCGGUGAUCGAAGUUCCCAGCAUGACCAUCCUGGAUAAAAAAGAUGGGGAACAGGCCAAAGCCCUGUUUGAGAAAGUGAGGAAGUUCCGUGCCCACGUGGAAGACAGUGACUUGAUCUAUAAACUCUAUGUGGUCCAAACAGUUAUCAAAACAGCCAAGUUCAUUUUUAUUCUCUGCUAUACUGCAAACUUUGUCAAUGCAAUCAGCUUUGAGCACGUCUGCAAGCCAAAAGUUGAGCAUCUGACUGGUUAUGAGGUAUUUGAGUGCACCCACAAUAUGGCUUACAUGUUGAAAAAGCUUCUUAUCAGUUACAUAUCCAUUAUUUGUGUUUAUGGUUUUAUCUGCCUCUACACUCUCUUCUGGUUAUUCAGGAUACCUUUGAAGGAAUAUUCUUUUGAAAAAGUCAGAGAAGAGAGCAGUUUCAGUGACAUUCCAGAUGUCAAAAAUGAUUUCGCGUUUCUUCUGCACAUGGUAGACCAGUAUGACCAGCUGUAUUCCAAGCGUUUUGGUGUGUUCUUGUCAGAAGUGAGUGAAAAUAAACUUAGGGAAAUUAGUUUGAACCAUGAGUGGACAUUUGAAAAACUCAGGCAGCAUGUAUCACGCAAUGCCCAGGACAAGCAGGAGUUACAUCUGUUCAUGCUUUCAGGCGUGCCCGAUGCUGUCUUUGACCUCACAGACCUGGAUGUGCUAAAACUUGAACUGAUUCCAGAAGCUAAAAUUCCUGCUAAGAUUUCUCAAAUGACUAAUCUCCAAGAGCUCCACCUCUGCCACUGCCCUGCAAAAGUUGAACAGACUGCUUUUAGCUUUCUCCGCGAUCACUUGAGAUGCCUUCACGUGAAGUUCACCGAUGUGGCUGAAAUUCCUGCCUGGGUGUAUUUGCUCAAAAACCUUCGAGAGUUGUACUUGAUAGGCAAUUUGAACUCUGAAAACAAUAAGAUGAUAGGACUUGAAUCUCUCCGAGAGUUGCGGCAUCUUAAGAUUCUCCACGUGAAGAGCAAUUUGACCAAAGUUCCCUCCAAUAUUACCGAUGUGGCUCCACAUCUUACAAAGUUAGUCAUUCAUAAUGACGGCACUAAACUCUUGGUACUGAACAGCCUUAAGAAAAUGAUGAAUGUCGCUGAGCUGGAACUACAGAACUGUGAACUAGAGAGAAUUCCACAUGCUAUUUUCAGCCUCUCUAAUUUACAGGAACUGGAUUUAAAAUCAAACAACAUACGCACAAUUGAGGAAAUCAUCAGUUUCCAGCAUUUAAAACGACUGACUUGUUUAAAAUUAUGGCAUAAUAAAAUUGUUACCAUUCCUCCCUCCAUUACCCAUGUCAAAAACUUGGAGUCACUUUAUUUCUCUAACAACAAGCUCGAAUCCUUACCAGUGGCAGUAUUUAGUUUACAGAAACUCAGAUGCUUAGAUGUAAGCUAUAACAACAUUUCAGUGAUUCCAGUAGAAAUAGGAUUGCUUCAGAACCUGCAGCAUUUGCAUAUUACUGGGAACAAAGUGGACAUACUUCCAAAACAGUUGUUUAAAUGUGUUAAGUUGAGGACUUUGAAUCUGGGGCAAAACUGCAUCACCUCCCUCCCAGAGAAAAUUGGUCAGCUCUCACAGCUCACUCAGCUGGAGUUGAAGGGGAACUGCUUGGACCGCCUGCCAGCCCAGCUGGGCCAGUGUCGAAUGCUCAAGAAAAGCGGGCUUGUUGUGGAAGAUCACCUUUUUGACACCCUACCCCUCGAAGUUAAAGAAGCAUUGAAUCAAGACAUAAAUAUUCCCUUUGCAAAUGGGAUUUAAACUGAGAUAAUACUUGUACAUCCAUGUGCAAGAACGACUUCCUAGAUUGCAAGUGCUCACGUGCAAGUUACUGCAAGAUAAUGCAUUUUAGGAGUAGAUACAUCUUUUAAAAUAAAACAGGAUGCAUAGAAGGCUAAUAGGAGACAUAACUGAAUGUUCAAUGUUUGUAGGAUUUUAAGUCAUUCAUUUUCAAAUCUUUUUUCUUUUUUUCUCUUGGGGAAAGGGAAGGAAAAAAUAUAAUCACUAAUCUUGGUUCUUUUUAAAUUGUUUGUAACUUGGAUGCUGCCGCUAUUGAAUGUUUACAAUGCUUGCCUGCUAAAGUAAAUGAUUAA